GAAAAAUGGAGCUCCACCAUGAAAAGGCUAAGUCUCCCAGUACAGUUGGUGACGUGGGCUCCGGGCGGGUUCAUCUCCAGCACUCAUCCGCUGUGCUUCAGGGGAGUGCUAAUAUCAGCAUAGCAGCUUUGAAGGCCAAGGAGUCAGAAAACAGGGGCUUAGAGCUCUCCAUGGACGAGGCCAAGGAGGAUGCAGCGCACAAGUUGCUCAGUAUGAUGCGGAAAAAUACUAAAGGGUUGGAAAGUAAAGGUGGAGUCCAAAUGCUUAAUGCAUCAACUUUAGUGCCAUUUGGAGACGUGGUAGGCUGCCUGGCUAUUCAUAUAAGGAACUGCAGAGAUAUUUCAUCUAGGCUCAAUUUGCCAGAUUACAGUAACUUGUUCAUUCGCAUCUCUAUAAACAAUAUUGUAAAAUGUACAAAAGUUCAUCAGUUAACACCUCGAGGAAAUGAAACAGCUGUAAUUGCGUUUGAAGACAUGAAGUACUUUUCUGUACAGGUUCCCAGACGUCAAAAUGAUGAGCGGAAUAACAUUUACUUUGACCUAAUGAAAUACGAUGAUCAGGAUUAUGAGCCUUUCCUGCUAGGAAGUGCUGGAAUACACCUCUAUGAGGUAAUUCAGAAAGGGUGCUUUCUUGAAGAACUUAGCCUGAUGAAUGCAAGCAUAUUUGUCUGCAGGUUGCAGGUAGAAUUUAUGUUCUCCUAUGGAAACUUUGGCUAUGGAUUUUCCCAUCAGUUAAAACCUCUUCAGAAAGUGAUUGAGCCCUCCAUGUUCAUGAAUGUCCCACCACCUCCAGAAAGAACAGACCCCAUGACAAAUAUCAUUACGCCACAGCCCAUAGAAUAUCCAGCGUUUUUAUCCUCAGACCUGAAUAUCACCGUUGGGAGACCAUCUACAGCGCCUCAGCCCAACCUGCCCUCUACAGUGCAACUUGAAAAACUUCGACAGAAACCUCGAGAAAGGCUUAAAAAACUGAGAAAAGAAUAUAGAGAUCUGGGUACAUGGAUGGAAAAAGCUAGCUACUUGGAAAAAAUUCUUGCUCCAAAACUGGAACAUACAGAACCUAAGAAAUCUGAUGCUGAUGAAGAACUUGAAGACGUGAAGCCUGAAGAUACUACAGCAAUUGAUGAUCUACUUGACAGACCCUUGGAAGGGAGGCCCGAAGAUUAUGUGGUAUCAGAUGUCCCUCUUAUAGAGGAGAAACCCACAACUAUUCCAUAUGAGUUACCAUAUUCUGGGCAUAGGAAAAGCCUGACUGUCCCAACUUCGCUUCAGCCAGAUCAAGAUCUUUACAGAGCUGUUGCUCCUAAAAUGGAUGGGUCAAGAAAGCAAGCAGAUACUCCAUUACCCAUAAUCACUAAAUCUCCAUCAAAAGAAGAUAGGAAACCAUCUUUAGAGGGCCAACUAUCACAAGUCAAGCCAGAGAGAAAACCAACAGACAAACCGAAAGAUAAAUAUCCAAAUAUUGUAACAACAGAUUCAUCUCUAUCAGAGCCGGGAGCAUUGUCCUACUCUGGUUUACCUGAACCAGAGACCAGCAUACCAAGGACCGGCUUACUUGAACCAAGGACCAGCUUACUUGAACCAAGGACCAGCUUACUUGAACCAGGGACCGGUUUACUUGAACCAGGGACCGGCUUACUUGAACCAGGGACCGCCUUACUUGAACCAGGGACCGGCUUCCGUGAACCAGGGACUGGCUUUCGUGAACCAAGGACCACUUUACGUGAACCAAGGGCCGGUUUACGCGAACCAGAGAUCCUGGAGCCUCAGAGUGCAUUUGGUCCCACAAACAUGAUGGAUGAAAAGUUAGAUUUCCCUCAUGUAGAUAAGUUAAAGCUGGCUAAGACCAACGCACAGAAAAAUACGAAUAAAAAAGGAAAAUCGGUGGCUUUUGUGCCAAGAGAAGACAGCUCUCCAUAUCGUAAAAGAAACUAUAUACAACUCAAACCAAAAUAUCAGGAUUUCACCAUCAAGGAUGUUUUUGAGCCCUUCCUAAGGAAAAUAGACACCAAAACACCAGUCAUAGCAAAGAAAAACCAAGAAGACAUGUUCAAAUGCAAAAUCAAUUUAAGUACAGAUUCCAUAGACUAUGAAGACCAAGACCCUCCAUACCCAGCACAUGCAGACUCUGCAAGACCCACUACUAAAGUCAGGGACAAAUCUCCUUCUAUCAUCUUAAUAAAGCCUUUAGACACAAAGGAUAAGUCAGCCCCUGACACUACUGACAUCCCCCAAAAGACUUCAACCACUGACAGUAAAUUAGCCCAGGAUUCUGCUACCUCAGCAAAGACUGUAGGCAGUAAUGAGUCAGUCCCCAAUAUUAUCGUCACCCCCACAAAGAUUUCAAGCACGGAAGCUAAGCUUGCCCAGGAUCCUUUUGCCACCCCGGUAAAGAUGUUAGAUAUUAAGUUAAAGGAAAGACCACCAAAUGUGUCUUUACCAGACCUUGAAAGAGAGUCAUCAUUGAAUGGAAAUAUAAAUGCACUUCAGUUCUCAAGAUCAGUAAGCCUUGCUUCCCAAUUAGAAAAACUUAAACAGUCAUUGAUUCUCAAGUCACUUUUAAGUAAAAACUUUCAAGACCUUUCAGAUAAAUUAUUUUCUGAACUAGAAGUUCCUAUGGCCACUGAAGCAAGAGAGAAAAGUCGUAGUUCUCUGCGUCUUAUUCAUGAUGAACUAUCUGGUGAUUUGAAAGACAAAAUACCAGUUAAAAGUGAAGAGUUAACUCCCUGGAAUUUAGCAAGAGACAUUUCACAGUUCAUUUUAAGUCAAGUCAGUAAUGAUUUAACUGCAAAUUUAUUUUCAAGAAAAGGAUCAGGAACUUUUCCAGAGGUAGAAAGAGAACUAAUCUCUGACAAAAGUUUAGAGACUGAUGAAGUACAUAUUCCAACUAAAAGAAAAAGUAGCUUCAAAAAGAAACAUUUAGAAAGUGAAGUGCCUCGCUCUAAAUCAGGUUUAAAUGGCUUCACACAUGACGAUGAUCUAAAGCAGAUAUUCACUGCACCGAUCUUGUCAGAGAUAGGAGUAAGACAAUUGAGUGAGAUGCAAAUGGAUUUUCAACAUCAGUUACCCACAGUCUGGGAAAAUGUAUCUUCAAAUAGUCUAGCUCCCCAUGAAGAAAACAAAGAUGAGAUAAAAUUGCCGCCGGCCAAAUCUGUCAUAAGCCAAAUGAUACAGACAUUUCCUGUAGAUACUCUUUUAGACUCUGGGAUAAUCAAAGUGGUAGAAUUAGAUAAAGAAGACAAGAGUUUAUUACCGGGCACAGAGAUACCUUUCAUUGAAGACAAUUCAAGGGGUCUCACAGAGGACAAUUCAAAAUAUUUUUCAGAGCAGAAUAUAUUCAUGAUUCCCAGAGAAAUCACUUCUUCUUUGGAUAGAGUUGAAGUUGUAGGCAAAAGUCAAGAUAUGUCUUCAAAGGAUUCCAAGUACCGGUCAACACCAGAUAAAGAACCACAUUUGCCAAGUAGUGCUUAUCAGUUUGGUAGAAAAGGAAAAUAUCGAAGUUCUCCUUUAGAACGUUUAAGCGACUCAGUAACAGAUACACAUACUGAGUCAGAUGUGGCCAUUAUAAAAUCCUUUUUACGGAACAUAUUUAAUGUUUUUUUCAAAUACAAUCAGCCUGAAAGGAGACAACCAGAAAAAGAAUUAAAAACACUAAUUAAUCAUCCUUUUCUAGGUACAAAAGAUCUUGAAGAAAUUGAAGAAAGUCUUGACAACAUAGGCAGACUAGGCAGAAAACCUCUAUUAAGCCCAAAGCUGCGUGUAUUUCUAAAAGAACUCUCAGAGCCAGAAGUAAAAAAUGUAAAAUCUGAAUUAAGUAAAUAUAUCCAGCAUUAUCUUGUUGAAAGACUUUCAGAAUCGGGACAUAUCACCAAAGAGGACUUACCAAAAAUCUAUCACAAUCUGUAUUUGAUGAACGAGAAGGCAGAGCCCAAAGGACAAAUGAUCUUUCUGGAGAAAUAUUCAGGAACUAUAAAUGAAAUCAUAUCCUUUGUAAAUAAUUUUAGCCAUAAUUUCAUAGACAAACACUUGGAAAUAAAAUUAAGAUCUUUUUUAUCUGAACUUCUCCAAAACUAUUUCUUGAACAAUCUCUCUGGAAGUAGUUUAUUUAAAGAAAGAAAACCUGAGACUGUGCACUCAAAUAUAUCUUCUCUAAGAACUAAAAGUGCCUCAAUAUCUUUUCACGAAUUAGGACAUGAUAUUUCAAAGGGGACUUUUGGCAGAAAGCUUGAAAUAGAUGUGAAAUAUUCUUUAAAUAAGUCUCUACAAAACUACCUUGUAACUUUUUCAGAAAAUGAACUGUCAGCUGUAAAAGUGAAUUUGAGAAAAUACCUCUGUCAGCUUUUUAUAGAAAAACUUUCAAGAUCAGGACUAAUCAGUGAAAGACAGUUAGAAAGGACCAACCAGCCUAUCAAUUUAGUCAGUUCUAGUACCACAUUUCUAAAAAGCAUAAAGCCAGAUUUGUCUUACAGAGAUGAAGAUGAUUAUAUGGAGAAGGAUUUAAAAGAGCAAAAUGAAAAUUCAAAAGUCAUUCAGAAAACCAAGGCUCCAGAGGAUAGACUUAUAGAAAUAGAACUGACCAGAAAAGAAGAAAAGGCUUACUUUUCCAAAGACCCAUCAGCAGCUAGGGAAAGUAAAAGAUACCAGUCUCCAGAAGCUGCUAAAUCACCCAGCUUAGUGAAAGAGCAAACUUCUUCCAACAAAAAUACUGAGCCUAUUCCAGUAGCUAAGUCACUGGAAAAUCUUGCAGACACGCUACGGAAGAAACGAAAAGAACAUGGCUUCUUGCAGUUUACUCAAGCAGAAAAACUAGUUGUUCGGACAGAGAUUCAAGACCCACAUAGUUGGGGUAACAAGUCAACAACACCUCACACAAAUGCUUGCUUUGAAAGAACAUGUAAAGCAGAGUUUCUUGAAACAAAGGAAAAACCCGAAGAGGUACUGUUACUAUAUCCACAAAUCAUUAAUUGCAAGAUGCAAAAUGAAGCUGAAGAAUAUGUGAACAAAGUCACUUCUCCUUCCAGGCAGACAUAUACUCAUUUCAAUUCAGAAUCUGGGGAGAAAUCAAAAUUAGAUGACCAGUAUUGUCAGAGAUUGAAAGGAAAUAAUAACAAUAACAAAAAGCGUUUAGCAACAUUGGCACAAAACAAAAAAGAAAGACCAACUCUUCACUUAAAGCAGAGUGAGACUUGUGUAGAAAAAUACUCCCAGGUCCCUGAAUUACAACCACUGAAAUAUGAAUAUGGGGAAAUUGAAAAGAUCUCAAAGCCAUCCUUCUUCCCAGAAGUGUCAAAGACAGAAAAUCUGAAAGUUAGAGUUCAAAAAGAAAAGGAUCAUGUCGGCAAACAAAAGAAAUCCUUCAAUAAGGUAGAUAGAUUAUUACCAACCGCACUGCCCUCGACCAGAGUUCUAAAGAAAUCUGUUCCCAAGACAAUGCUUCAUUGGACUGCAAGAACAACUAUACAUGAUUGUUUGGAUAGAUUUGAGGAACCACAUAUGGACUCCUUUCCACAUCUGGAAAAAACAAAAUCAAGAUCAAACUUUCUUAGAAAGAGCCCAGUUCAUAGCCGCCAUCAAGUGAAACACUCGGCAAGACCUUACACUGCUCCAGAGAUUAACAAACGACGAGAAAACUAUACUGGGAAGCUCAUGAGCCCUCGACAGGUAUCAGCAGGCAUAGUUCACACGAAUGAUUCAGUCCCAGGCUAUGAAUUGCAUAAAAUGUGGCAGAGAAGACUUAAAAAAGAACACUGAAAAAUGCUGGCUCAUUUGUGAUGUUCAAAUUCACAAACUUUUUCCCCCCAUUAAUAAAAUGGUUCAGAGAUAUGUCCUAUUAUGUGACAAAAGUCAGCAAAUCUCACCCUGUUAGAACCAUUUUAAUAAA